UGGGCGUGUUAAUGAGGAGUUGGCUGGUGUAGUGUGGUGGACUGCGGGGCCGAGCUUGUUUUUGGAGGGGAAGAGAGACUUGAGUGUUAAUGAAUGGACCCGGCUUGUUUCAGCACAGUACACCGCCGUUCUAGUCAAAUGAUGGACCCGGAUUUGUUGAAGGCGUCCCCGGAGCUCUCUUCUCCCUCAACAACACAAAAACCGAGCCGGAGCAAAUGUGAACAAACCAAAGUGGAGCUGGCGCAGAUGGUGGUCGAUCCGAAAACUGGACGUUCAUACUCCAAAGGAAAGCUUUUGGGAAAGGGAGGAUUUGCUCGGUGUUAUGAGAUGACCGAUCUUUCCAGCAACAAGAUGUACGCUGUGAAGGUGAUUCCACAAAGCAGAGUAUCCAAACCACAUCAGAGAAACAAGAUAACAAAUGAAAUUGAGCUACACAAAACCCUCCAGCACAAACAUGUUGUCAAGUUUUCUCAUCAUUUUGAAGAUCAGGAUAACAUCUACAUCUUCCUUGAACUCUGCAGCAGAAGGUCCUUGGCACAUAUUUGGAAAGCACGACACACCCUGACAGACCCUGAAGUACGGUACUACCUCAGGCAAAUCAUUUCUGGCCUCAAAUACCUCCAUAAUAAAGGAAUCCUUCACCGUGACCUCAAACUCGGUAAUUUCUUUGUGAAUGAGAAUAUGGAAUUACGAUUGGGAGACUUUGGACUUGCAGCAAAGCUGGAGACUGUGGAGCAGAGAAAAAAAACCAUCUGUGGAACACCAAACUACCUGGCACCAGAAGUAUUAAAUCGUCAAGGACAUGGGACUGAGUCAGAUGUUUGGUCACUGGGUUGUGUGAUGUAUACACUUCUCUGUGGGAACCCUCCAUUUGAAACCUUAGACUUGAAAGAAACAUACAAAUGCAUCAAAGAAGUGAAGUAUACACUUCCACGGUCGCUCUCUGCAGCAGCGCAGAAGUUAAUCUCUGCAAUUCUGCAAAAGAACCCCAGUGAUCGCCUUACACUUGACCAGAUCCUGGCUCACGAGUAUUUCAGUAAGGGCUUUACUCCAGACAAACUUCCACCCAGCGCAUGCACAGUGGUGCCAGAGCUCAACCCACCCAGCCCUGCCAAGAAGUUCUUCACCAAGAUGGCAAAGAGCCUUUUUGGCAAGAAGAAAUCCAAAGCAGAGAAGAUCCCUAUUGAAGACAAGGAGGACAUCUCCAAGCUUGUCUCGGGCAUGAUGAAGCAUUCCAUUAGCCGGCAAAUCAGUCACAAGACGGUGGGAGUGAAUGAGGUUGCCUCUCCAGCAGGUCAGUUGGCUAUUUCUGGGCCUUUAGACACACCAGCUGAGGACGAGUCUAGAAAGUCAACAUCCCGUUCUUUCAAACGCAGGCUAGCCAGCAGUACCGAUGGAUGUGAAGACUCCCUGACCCCAGCAGCUGUGGCUGAUGCCACCAUGAAGGUCCUUAGUAAUUGCUUGUCUACCAUGCCUGCAGCAUCUACAAAUACUCCAUGCGUCUCCAAGCCUACACCUUUCGUCUGGGUGACUAAGUGGGUGGAUUACUCCAACAAAUAUGGCUUUGGUUACCAGCUCUCCAAUCAAAAUGUUGGAGUCCUAUUCAAUGAAGGCACUCAUCUGAGUCUCUGUGAUCAGCGAAGGGUAGUUCAUUAUUGUUUGACCAACAAUAAACAUUUCACCUUUCAAGUGGAUGCUCUACCAGAACAGCUCCAAAGCCAGAAACACAUUGUGGAGCUGAUGGCCAACUACAUGGAUCAGAAUCUCAUGGAAGGUGGAGAUCUGGGUUGUGAUGACCAGCCAUCACCUACUGAUUGUCCCCUUCUCCUGCAGUGGAUGAAGACCGAUCAUGCUUUAGUUAUGCUUUUUAACAAUGGUUCACUUCAGGUGAACUUCUACACUGAUCACACCAAGGUGAUCUUGUCCAAGUCAGCAGACUCAUACUUGUUGACCUAUAUUAGUCGUGAGCGGAUCUCUUCCUCAUAUUCUCUGAGCACACUUUGUGACCAUGGCUGCUCCUCUGAACUGCGCCACAGGCUCCAUUACGUGGUGCAGCUACUGCAGCACUACACCAAAACAUAAAUCAACCACAAAAAAAAAGGAUCGAAUCCUCAAGGUCUAGGACUGACUCCACUUCUGGAGAAGCUUGCAUCUUGCCUCAAAAGUUCUCUUAACAUAUAUUCUGGCCUCUUUGGAUUUAUGGUGCACUGUUUUGGAUAUUGUUUUUCUUUCCUGUGUUGCACUGACACUUAACAACUUGACUUCAUGAUGUACACAACAAAGUGACAAGGAGUUAAAGAGAACUUGCGUGACCUGAAUGAGGCUUUUUGUUUGGAUCACCUGCCUUCCCCUUUAUUUCUUCACAUCAUGGUAUACAUCAAACAUGGAAAGUUGGUGAUUCUAAACAUUUUAGAGUGAUUUAGUUAUAAACCUGGAAGGGCUAGUAGAACUCUGCACCUGGAGGUGUUGAGGUGUGAAGGAAGAGUCAAGUGCCUUUCUAAGGGGUGUCUUCUGGGUUGUGCAAUAAUGGCCCUUCUGUAUCUUUAAGCUCAAAUAACAAAAAGGUAACGGAAAGGGCUUAUCUGGUGGAGCCUUUAUUUUUGAGUUGAAUUCAGUUGUCUAAAUGGAUGGUAGUAAGCACUACAAACACCUACUGUAAGCUUUUUGCCUGGUACAAGAUAUUAGUCAUAUAAUAUCCUAUCAGAUAAGACUAUAUAUUCUUCAUUUGUGCCUCUACUUACUGUUUACAUCAUGAACUCCACCAUGUGGCAUUGUCCUUAAUACUGUGACACUGACUGUAGUGUUAAAAGAAAUAAGUAUGAAUUCUUUCAUCCCAUCUUUGUGAGUAAUUUUCAGGCAAAAUCUUGGCACAAUUAUUUAUGUUUUUAUUUAUUUUUUUUUAUUUAUUUAUGUAACCUUAUGGUGUUUAUCACUGUGUAAAUGUUCAAUGUCACUUUUUUAUGUAUUGGAAUCUUGAAAUGGGGAAUAAAGUUUGUUGAAAUGCAA